AUGUACAGGCUAAUCCUUUCCACUCUGCCCUUGCUGGCUUAUGUGGGCGAUGCUGCAGCGCAAGAUGUCAGCGUCUACACUAACACAUGCGCUGGGGGGCAGCCGUCUACAGUCUUUGUACCUACCACCAUCUAUGUGUCUGUCACAGUUCCAUUCCAGCCAACGUCGACUUCUUUCUUGUCUUCUACGGGAAGCUCACAAGAAUCAGACCCUGUUGCUACCGAUGAUCCAGCUCGGAACACAGAGAGCAAAGCACAGCAAAGACCAUCGACGGCUGAAUCAGAUCAGGGACCAACAACUGUUGCUACCAGUCAGCCGGCUCUGAAGACGGAGCAGAAAGUGACACAAGGAGACUCAGCUUCUGGACGUAACCAAAGUCAGCGGGACCAGGAUAUUGCUGACGAUGGGACUACUUCAGAUGCAAGCGGAACAUCACUGAUACCGGCCUCGCCUUCUGAACAAAACCAGAACGUACGUCCCACUGAUGACAAAGAGUCAACUUUGGACACGGAUGAUACGACGCAACAAAGGGGCUCAGAUGCCGGACAGGGGGACCAGGAUUCUGAAGCUACUGAUGAGUCGACGUUAGCUUCAGAGAGUAAGGCGCAACAACCACCGGUUGACCAGAAGGACCAGCAGGACCAGGACUCUGUUGCUGCCAGUCAGUCCACUUCGGACACAGAAAACGACGUACAACAAGAAGAAACAGACCCGGAACAGGACCAGGACCAGACGGACCAACCGGACAAAGAAGAUCAGGAUUCUACUGCUGUCAAUCAGUCAACCUCGGGCAGAGAAAACAACGUACAGCAAGGAGGAACGGAUGCAGAACCGGACCAGAACCAGAUGGACCAACCGGACAAGCAAGACCAGGAUUCUACUGCUGUCAAUCAGCCAACCACAGAAAACAACGUACAACAGGAAGAAACGGAUGCGGAACAGGGCCAGGACCGGCAAGACCAGGAUUCUGUUGCAGCCAAUAACUCACCGUCGGACUCACAGGCACCACAAAACGAAUCAGAUGCUGAACAGGAUCGGGACAAUAAUGACUCAGCUUUGAAUGCAGAGGAGAACGUGCAACAAGAAGGAUCAGAUACUCAACGGAACCAGGACCAGCAGGGUCAGGACGUUGCUGCUGACAUUGAGUCGACCCAGGACACACAGCCUACACCUCCACAAACAUCAUCACAUCUCCCUACCGUUUCAACCACAAAAGAUGGCAGCCAGAUUCCACAGCCCUCUCAGGGUAAUCCCCAGGGCAUUGAUGCAAACGACGGCGGGCAAUGGGCCAACGACACUAGGCAGGACGACGACUUGGAUAAUAGCGCGGAGCCUGAUGGUGAUGUUGGCAGUGAUGAAGCCGAAAACCCGCCUUUUUCUGGACCAGGAACCACAUUACCAACUGAUUCCAGCUUCAGAAGUCCCACAAAUACAACCGGCUCCUGGAGCGUAUCAGUGACUCCCACUGGGAGCGUAUUCACGGUUCCCACUGCCUCUAUCUUCAAGACGCCUGCAAGCUCGGCCGGAGCGGCAAACGUGAGUGGCGCUGGCUUCAGAUUCGUAAACCCUGUGUCUCCGACGCCUCCUGUUACACAGAACGGGAACCUUGGAGGAGCACGAAAUAUGCUAUAUUUCACCAAUUGGGGAAUCUAUAGCACAGACUACCAACCUCAGGAGAUGGCGAUCGAUAAGAUUACCCACCUAUUGUAUGCAUUUGCUGAUUUGAAGGAUGAUGGAACUGUAAUCUCUUCUGAUCCGUAUGCUGAUGUCGAGAAGCUUUACGGCGGGGGCAAUUCAUCCAGUCUCGGCUUCGUUGCCAGAAACAGUAGUAAUGCUCAAGGUGUUGUGUAUCAGCUUUACGGUUUGAAGAAGAGGAACCGCAAGCUCAAAACUCUCCUAUCCGUUGGAGGUUUCAAAUACUCGCGGCAAGGCAAGUUCGCCAGAAUUGCAGGAUCUGAGCAAGGCAGAAAGAACUUUGCUUCCAGCGCCGUCAGGCUCAUGGCGGAUUGGGGUAUGGACGGAAUCGACAUUGACUGGGAGUAUCCAAAGGAUGCUGCCGAAGCGGAUGGUUUCCUAAAGCUUCUUCAGGAAACCCGAAGCGCCCUCGACAACUACGCGUCCGCAAAUAAGCAAAAUUACCACCAUCUUCUCACCAUUGCCGCUCCAGUUGGCCCUACUCAGUAUCGCCUGCUAAACCUCAAAGCUAUGGACCAGUACCUCGAUGUCUGGAAUCUGUUGAGCUAUGACUAUGCCGAUUCACAUUAUAAUACUACGAGUCACCAGGCCAACAUACAGGCCAAUCGUGCUGAUAUGAGGACUACCAAGUUCAACACUGCACAAGCAGUUGAGGACUAUAUAAGUGCUGGAAUAGCCCCGAACAAGAUUGUUCUUGGGCUGCCUCUCUACGGAAGGUCUUUUGCAAACACUGAAGGGAUGGGAACGCCCUUCUCCGGCACCGCCCCGGGAGCAUCAAAAGGCAUUAGGCCGUACCGUGAUCUCCCACUGCCUGGAGCCCAAGUCACGGUUGACCCACAGCUGGGAGCAGCCUGGAGCUACGACCCCAAAACCCGCGAGCUGGUGUCGUACGACAAUGCCGAAUCGGCCAAGCUGAAGGCUGAUUACGUCAAGAGCAAGGGCCUAGGAGGUGCCGUAUUCUGGCAGGCGUCUGGCGACAAGAAAGGGAGCGACAGCCUCGUUGGCUCAAUGGCCACCUACCUGGGACAAUUAGAGGCGACGGAAAACAUGCUGAGCUAUCCGCAGAGCCGUUAUGAGAACAUCAAGAACGGCGCUUCCUAG